AUGGGUGACGGCAUUGGAUUGUCAAUCCCUUCUGAUAAAGUGAAUCUGCGACUAUUGCUCGUUUCUGGAAAGAAAUCCGACUUGCUUGUAUCGGGUUCAGAUACGAUUGAAUCAGUUUGCAUUAAAAUUGCCAAUUCAUGGCCUGCAGAUUGGGCGACUGAAACUCCCCCUAUUUCUCCUAGUUGUGUCAAGGUUUUAUUACGUGGAAGGUUUCUUGAAUGGAAUAGUACAGUGGAAUCCAAUUCUAUUCCAAUGGGUGAUACAACUGUUGUACACAUCCUUGUCAAAAACGAUAUAUCAACAUCUGGUAAAUGA